AACGAGAUCGAGAGUCGUUCGAAGGCUCACCACCUGCAAGCAUACUCUUCUGAUUCAGUACACAGAGAUGACAGUCUUGAUUUGGGUGAGACCGAUGCGUUGGUAGCGAUGAUUAAUUCUGUCAAGCACAGAGAUUGCAGUCUUUGGGUCCUUGAUGGAUGCUGUGUGGCCUGCAUGACCGACAAAUAUAAGGAGCUGUCCAUCCAAGCGUUACGAGCGAAAGAGCUUAAAAAGUCCGAGCCAGCAGAUGUCAUGAUCCUGGCAGGCACGUUCGCUCCUUGGCACCCCACCACCAUGAUGGGAAAGAUCUUCAGCAAGAAGUGCCUGCAGAAGAUACGAGACUCUCUAUCGACGAAUAUGGAGCCGAUCGAAAACCUGGACGCCGACAUUUCGAUUCUCCAUUCUAUUCGUCAUCGAGCCGACAAUGACAUCGAAAAGGCUGUUGUGGCCCUCAACGGAGUAACAGACAUGAAACUACGUCGGCUAUUUCAACAAAUGUACGUGGAUGGAAAGCGAUCAGUACCUCUCGCAAAUGAAUGUAGCGCUUGUUAUAUAAAAUUAAAAUCUUUUAUUGCUGCAUUUAGGAAAGAGGAGCUACCAGCAAGAGAACAAAGAGAGCUCUCGGAGGAGACCCUUGUCGCAAAUCAUGUGUCCCCUAUCCUCAGGGCGUUCACCCAUGACCCAGUUCUUGAGAUCUUUUCCCAUUUUCCUAAUACGAAUUCACAAAGUCAAACCCGACAAGGAGUGAAACCAGAUCGCCCGGACUUCAAGGUUGUGAUUGGGAAGAAAGAGGUGGCCUUUGGCGAAGUCACUGGCCCAAGCCAAAAGAACGAUCAGAAGAAGAAUGGCUGGGACCUGUACAGACUCUCAAGAUUUGGGACAGCUGUUCUGAACCAGGGAGGCGAGGUCGUACCAUUGGUGCAGGUCAUCGCUGACUCUGGUACCAUCUACCGUCACAUUGUCAAGGUUCGAGGAGUCAUGGUACUAGCAGAGGUUGGUGCGUUCUCGGUCCCCAUGACCACCGUCCAAGUAGGGGGACUGCUGGCAUCUGAGCCUGUUGCAAUCGAGAGAGAGUAGUUGCCACUUUAUCCAUGCCUCACAACACACUAAGCCAUUUCAACAACAUACAGUUUUCCCUCACUAACCCGUUGAUUUUCGACGGGUUAGUGAGGGAAGGCCUCUAUUCAUUUUAAUUCAAUAAAUAUAUUUAAACUUUAUUUGAC